AUGCCGCCGGGCUGUGCAGGGGCCCCUGAAUGGUUCCAUGCAUUGUGUGCGACACUGCGCGGCAGUCCGCCGUCCAGCAGCACGCUCUGGCUGUUUUCUCGGCCCAAGAGUAGUACUUUGCAUCAUGAUGGCUGCUUGGGGCGCGUUUUCGUAGCCAUGCCAGGCUCCAGCAACAAGCAGUCGUCGGCCAGGAGGCGUGCGGCGCCCCCUGGCUCGGCGCGGCCAGCGGCCCAACAGCGGGACAUUGUGGAGCCGGCCGCGCCCAUUCGGCGCGCCAGAGCCGAGGUGCCCGCAGCCCUCGGUGCAACAGCGGUUCUUCCGGCCCAGGGGCGUGCGGCGCCGCUGGAGGAGGGCGCGGGCCAGGGGGCGUCUGCGAAGCGGCCCGCGGCGCGGAGGAAGAUGAGCUCCUCGAAGAGGAGGAGGAGGGAGGAGUUCAACGCGAGGAAGGACGCGGAGCGCAGGCAGCCGGACGCGGUGCUCGAGCGGCGGGAGGAUGAUGGGGAGGCUGCCAGGAGAGCCACGGAGGAGGCAGGUCGCCUCGCGGCCCACGAGGCCGCCAGGAGCACCAAGGGCGAGGCCGAGCGCCGGGAAGGGGAGGAGGCCGCCAAGGAGGAGGCCAGGCGGCAGGCACGCGAGGAGGCCGAGGCGAGGGCCAGGGAGGCCGCGGAGGCGCAGACCAGGAGGGCGCAGCUGCGGACGAAGAGCUCGUCGGAGCGCAGGGCGAAGAAGGCAAAGCGGAGAGCCCGUCUGGAAGCAGCGGCCGCCCAGGGAGCCAGCGCUCCGCGGGAGGCGUCCGAGGACGGCGAAGACGCAGAGGGGCUGCCCAGCGACGAGGCGGCAGAGGAGGCGAAAGUGGAGCAGAGGGCCGCGGAGGAGGCGCGGCGGCGGUGUGCGACCGAGGAGGUGUCGCCGCAGGCUGCACGCGUGGUGGCGAAAGCCGCGGACGCCGAGGCGAAGGCCAAGCAAGAAGCCGAUGCGAAGGACGAGCAGGAGGCCGAGGCGAAGGUCCAGCAGGCUCUCCAGGCCGGCGCUGAAGCGAAGGCCAAGGAGGCAGCUGAGGCAAAAACCAAGGCUGAAGCCGUGGCGAGGGCCAAGGAGGAGGCCGAGGCGAGGGCGAGGCAGGAGGCUGAGGCGAGGGCCAAGCAGGAGGCUGAGGCGAAAGCCAAGGAGGCAGCUGACGCGAAAGCCAAGGCUGACGCCGAGGCGAAGGCCAAAGAGGCAGCUGAGGCGAAAGCCAAGCUGGAGGCUGAAGCGAAGGCCAAGCAAGAGGCUGAAGAGAAGGCCAAGGAGGCCGAGGCCAGGGCCAAGCAAGAGGCCGAGGCGCGGGCGAAGCAGGAGGCCGAGGCGAGGGCCAAGGCUGAAGCCGAGGCGAGGGCGAAACAGGAGGCUGAUGAGGCGAGAGCCAAGGAGGAGGCCGAGGCGAGGGCGAAGCAGGAGGCUGAGGCGAGGGCCAAGGAGGAGGCCGAGGCGAGGGCCAAGGAGGCAGCUGAGGCGAAAGCCAAGGCUGACGCCGAGGCGAAGGCCAAAGAGGCAGCUGAGGCGAAAGCCAAGCUGGAGGCUGAAGCGAAGGCCAAGCAAGAGGCUGAAGAGAAGGCCAAGGAGGCCGAGGCCAGGGCCAAGAAGGAGGCUGAGGCGAAGGCCAAGCAGGAGGCCGAAGCCAAGGCCAAGGCCGAAGCCGAGGCGAGGGCCAAGCAGGAGGCUGAAGCGAAGGCCAAAGAGGCAGCCGAGGCGAGGGCCAAGCAGGAGGCCGAGGCGAGGGCCAAGGAGGCAGCCGAGGCGAGGGCUAAGAAGGAGGCCGAGGCGAGGGCCAAGGAGGAGGCCGAGGCCACAGCCAAGAAGGCAGCCGAAGCGAAGGCCAAGGAGGAGGCCGAAGCGAGGGCCAAGCAAGAGGCCGAUGCGAAAGCCAAUGCUGAAGCCGAGGCGAAAGCAACGGCUGAACUCGAAGCGAGGGCCAAGGAGGAGGCCGAGGCGAAGGCCAACCAGGGGGCCGGGGCGAGGGCCAACCAGGAGGCCGAGGCGAAAGCCAAGGCUGAAACCGUGGCGGGGGAGAAGCAGGAAGCUGAAACGAAGGCAAAUGCCGAGGCCGAGGCCAAGACCGAGGAUGGGGCCAGCGCGAGGAGCAAGGAGGAGGUCAGGGAGGCGAUGGCCCAGGCCCGGAGGCGGAGCAGCCACGGGGGGAAGCCCCUCGAGACGAAGGAGGACCUGGCAGAGCUGACCGUCGUCGCCCUCAAGGACAGGCUCAGAGAGAAGGGGCUGCCUGUGUCUGGGAACAAGGCCGAGUUGGUGGAGAGGUUGUGCGCGUCAGGUAGCAAAUCCUGA